UCUGUCGUCAUACAUGCGCGCCGCCGCCGUCGCUCCCGGGGGGAAAGCAGGCAAACUGUGAUGGCGAGCUCAGCAGCCUCCUCGGUGCGACCGCCGAGGCCGAAGAAAGAGCCGCAGGCGCUCAUCAUCCCCAAGAAUGCGGCAGAGGAGCAGAGGCUCAAGCUGGAGCGGCUCAUGAAGAGCCCGGACAAAGCAGUUCCAAUUCCAGAAAAAAUGAGUGAAUGGGCACCGCGACCACCUCCAGAAUUUGUCCGAGAUGUAAUGGGUUCAAGUGCUGGAGCCGGCAGUGGAGAGUUCCACGUUUAUAGGCAUCUGCGCCGGAGAGAAUACCAGCGCCAGGACUACAUGGAUGCCAUGGCUGAGAAGCAAAAAUUGGAUGCAGAGUUCCAGAAGAGACUGGAAAAGAAUAAAAUUGCUGCGGAGGAGCAGACUGCAAAGCGGCGGAAAAAGCGCCAGAAGUUGAAAGAGAAGAAAUUAUUGGCAAAGAAGAUGAAACUUGAACAGAAGAAACAGGAAGAAGGAUCCAGCCAGGCCCAGGAGCAGCGGUCUGGUAGCUCUGAGGAGGCGUCUGGAACGGAGGAGGAGGAAGAGGAAGACGAGCCCAGCUUCAUCAUGGGGCGAUGACCAAGUCUGCCGCCACAGCUGUCCAGAGCCUGGCUCGUGCUGUGCGCAGAGGGAAAGGAGGCCCUGUUUGACUCAGCUUCCCUCCCAAGGACCCCCUGGAUAGAGAGCAAAUGGGACCCUUCUGAGCUGCUCCAGGUCCUGCCUGUGAGCGGGACUUGGAGCCUGUGGAGGACGCAGCGCCUCCUGGACACUUGAGGGCGCCACCUGCCAGAGCUCAUCCACGUGCCUGCCGAAAGGGGACAGUGCCCGGCCUGCUGCUGCCAGCGCCUGUUCUCACAUAUUUCAACGGUGAUGAGUUUGGGGCUGGUUUUUGUGAAGGGAACAUUUACUUAGUAAAGGACAGAGAACCUUCAGGCUUUGUUCAGACAUGUGAAACACGAAUUACAAACACUGCAGGGAAGGCUGUGAGAUGACACUAUCGCAGCGGGGCCUCAAGAGUCAACAGGCUGUUACCUCGAACUGUUCCCUGACUUGGUGAAGGAAAUGGCCUUGGCUUGGGGGCUGAACCACGUUGCUGGGCCCCUGACCCCUGUUCCUUUCAACAGGGAGCGCGGGCCAGGGACUUUCACCAGGCUGGGCCACAAGAAGGGAACCUGGUGUGUGAAAAGAGCUGCGGGGGAGAUAGUCGGUGACUAGGAAAAUAAGCAGGAGGAGAAUCGGCCGGGCUGAGCCAGAGUGGAGGGCACAGGGACUUCUAGCCCAGCUGCGGGGGUGGGGGGGGACUGUCAGCCAAAAGCUGCGUUUCAUGCCAAGGUCAAAGGGGGUCUAAACAGUAAAGGGGCCAAGAGAGACUUGACUUGAGCAGGUGGCAGAACCCUGCAUGACUGAAGCCUUUGGGGCUUUCCACUGGGUCACCAGAGCUGGGGAUGUGGGUGCAGAACUUGGGCUGUGUGUCCUAGAGUGAAUGCAGCC